AGAGUGGGUGUUCAAGCUCCCAGAGCAGCAGGUGUCCAGGCGAGGCCUCCGACUUCCUGGAGACGUCUUGCUCUCCACGAAGGCUCCAGCCCUAUUUCGGACCCGGCCAUCCCGCGCCGCUGGAAACCGCGCCACCUCGCAGCGCGAGGGAACCCGACGCCUAGAGGGUAGGGGCGUGGGGCGCCCGCUCCUUUCUCUACACACCUGAGUGUCACGCCUUGCCCCUUCUCUCUCCAGCAUGGCCACCGGCCUCGGUCCCGACGCUCCCCUGCAGCCGAGCGCGCUGUCCACCCAGCAGACCACGCUCCUGCUGCUUCUGUCGGUGCUGGCCGCGGUGCACGUGGGCCAGUGGCUGCUGAGGCAGCGGCGGCGGCAGCCGGGGUCCGCGCCGCCCGGCCCCUUCGCCUGGCCGCUGAUCGGAAACGCGGCGGCGAUGGGCCCGGCGCCGCACCUCUCGUUCGCGCGCCUCGCGCGGCGCUACGGCGACGUCUUCCAGAUCCGCCUGGGCAACUGCCCGGUGGUGGUGCUGAACGGCGAGCGCGCCAUCCGCCAGGCGCUGGUGCAGCAGGGCGCCGCCUUCGCCGACCGGCCGCGCUUCGCCUCCUUUCGAGUGGUGUCGGGCGGCCGCAGCCUGGCUUUCGGCCAGUACUCCCAGAGCUGGAAGACGCAGCGGCGCGCGGCGCAGAGCACCAUGCGAGCCUUCUGCACGCGCCAGCCGCGCAGCCGGCGCGUCCUCGAGGGCCACGUGCUGGGCGAGGCGCGCGAGCUGGUGGAGCUGCUGGUGCGCGGCAGCGCGGGCGGCGCCUACGUCGACCCGCGGCCGCUGACCGUGGUGGCGGUGGCCAACGUCAUGAGCGCCGUGUGCUUCGGCUGCCGCUACAGCCACGACGACGCGGAGUUCCGCGAGCUGCUCAGCCACAACGACAAAUUUGGGCGCACGGUGGGCGCGGGCAGCUUGGUGGACGUGCUGCCCUGGCUGCAGCGCUUCCCCAACCCCGUGCGCACCGCCUUCCGCGAGUUCGAGCAGCUCAACCACAACUUCAGCAACUUCGUCCUCAACAAGUUCCUGAAGCACCGAGAAAGCCUGCAGCACGGGGCCGCCCCCCGCGACAUGAUGGACGCCUUCAUCCUCUCCGCGGGGACGGCGGAGGCGGCGGAGGGCUCGGACGACGGCGGCGCGCGGCUGGACGUGGAGUACGUGCCGGCCACUGUCACCGACAUCUUCGGCGCCAGCCAGGACACGCUCUCCACCGCGCUGCAGUGGCUGCUCAUCCUUUUCACCAGGCAUCCUGAAGUGCAGGCUCGGGUCCAGGCAGAACUGGAUCAAGUCGUGGGUAGAGACCGCCUACCCUGCCUGCAAGACCAGCCCAACCUGCCCUACGUCAUGGCCUUUCUUUACGAAGCCAUGCGCUUCUCCAGCUUUGUGCCCGUCACCAUUCCUCAUGCCACCGCCACCAGUGCCUCCGUCCUGGGCUACCACAUUCCCAAGGACACAGUGGUUUUUGUUAACCAGUGGUCCGUGAAUCAUGACCCGGAGAAGUGGCCUAACCCAGAGGACUUUGACCCAGCCCGGUUCUUGGACAAGGACGGCCUCAUCGACAAGGACCUGGCCAGCAGCGUGAUGAUUUUUUCAGUAGGCAAACGGCGGUGCAUUGGGGAAGAGCUUUCCAAGAUGCAGCUCUUUCUUUUCAUUUCCAUCCUGGCUCACGCGUGCAAUUUCAAGGCCAAUCCAGACGAACCCCCGAAAAUGGAUUUUGAUUACGGUCUGACCAUUAAACCCAAGUCAUUUAAAAUCAACGUCACUCUCAGAGAGUCCAUGGAGCUCCUCGAUAGUGCUGUCCAAAAGUUACAAGCUGAGGAGGACUGCCAGUGUGAGGCCAGAAGCAAGCUGGAAUGUUAGAAGUGCUCAGGUUUGGGGGGAUAGGGAGUAGAAUUUUCUAGCUCCUCUGUGUCACUUUCUCGGUUAGCCUCUAAAGUGAGCAUAGACCAGCUGACCCCCAGAUGAUGAGCUUCACACAUGUGUGCUCAGACGAGCACUGGGCUACGCAGGAGCUUCUAGAAGAUUUUUUGAAUCAAAGAAUUAAAGGGUCCAAAGAAUUUUUAUGCAUAAAUCAAGGGCUGGUAACAGUAGUUUCUUGAGGGAGCAUCCUUUGGAUUUAAACUCACAUAAGCAUAGACACAAAUGACCUGAUGAAGAAGUGUUUCAGUAAAAAUGCCCUUGUGGGUGAGAUCCAAGAUUGAUGUUCUGUGUGCUGAGAUCUGGUCCUUAGAAAAUCACAUUAAGCAAAGUUUCAAAAUAUAUUGUUGAAUACACAAAGGCAGAUAAUUUCAGUAUAAGCCAUGUGAUUGAGGGUGAUAAGGGAAAAGUAAAGACCAGAAAUUCCUUUCUUCACCUUUUCAAUAAAAAAUAGUUUAGUUAAGCUCUAGCGUCUAUGGAUGGAUUUAUCUUUUUGCCUACCGAUAUGCUUUCUUUUUUGCAAAAGUCAUAAACUCAUUUGCUUACAGAGAAAUUUAAUAGUGGCUGAUUUAGUGAUUAUAGUAAGUUUCAGUGAUUUACGAUGAAUUUUAAAGUGUAAGUUGUUCAACUGUAAAAAAUUCCAAGCCGAAGUCAUACCUGUGUUGGUGGCCAAAGUACAGAAUUUCAGUUAUGAGCAAAACAAACAAAAAACCAACCAACCAACAAACAAAUAAAAACAAAAAACAAAUCAACAACAAAAGAUUUACCAGCCCAGCUAAGCUUUAAAUGAUGUGAUUAUAAUGCACUGAUGUCAGUCUGUCUCGUACUUUAAAAAUAAAGUCACCAAAUACUAUUCAAUACGUAUAUAAUUAUUCAGAAGCAAUAUGUAUGUUAUUGUAUUAUUAAAUAGUAUUAUUUUUGUUAAGUAAAGUUUGAAUAAUGUUUGUCUUUCCAAAAGAAAGACCAAUCAAAAAGUUCAAUUCAACCAAUUUUGGCUCAGAUACAGGAAACAAGCCUGUUUCGACAUCAUGAAAACCAAGUUGAAGCAAAGUCUGUUCUCUGAUCCACAACUUGAAUGAGAACUGAAUAAUUUCAGGAUUGGGUCUGUACGAUGUGUUCCUUAUUAUUUUACAACAUAUUUUCUAAAAUUAUAUCCUUAAUCCGGAAUCGCCUUGUGAAAUUGACGUAGUGAAUAUGCCAUAAUUCUAAACUCUUGGCAUGCUUCAAAUUGAAUUUAAUCGUAAAGCCGUUCUGAUUGUUGAGUUCCAGUCGAAGUUACUGGAAAUACGGCCAUUAUUAGCCUGUGCAAGGCAGAGAAAUUUAACCAGUGUCUGCCUGAUGAAUAGUGAAAAACGCAGUGACUUAUCUGGAUGUUCUCUUUAUUAGAGACCAAGGGAGAAACUUCCCAUCAUAACAGACCUAGUUUUUCUUUUAAAUGAUUUUUGUAAUAGCAUUCAUGUCUGUGUUUGGGAAGUCAGAAUCCGAAGGUAGUCUUGGGAGGCUGUUUUGAAGAUUCCAUUAUGUUCCCGUGGAGCUGAUCAGAUCAGGCGGGCUGUUCAGGAUGGUCAACCCAGUGAGUGGUCACUUUGGAAACUGUGAAAACAUAAAGCCUGAACGAAAUGUAUAGGUUCUGUUUAUGUAAGGAUCCUAAAAACGGAAAAAAAAAAAAGUGCUGGAAGAUCGGAGGAGUACAAAGUGAAGGUUAGAGCUUUAACUUUCAUUGCGUGUGGACUUCAGAGGAGACAUGCAGUGUCCUGAAAGCUUGCUUUUCUUACAUUGUAUGAAGAUCUUGGGAAUCUUUUCAUCAAAAUUGUAAAGGAGGAAGGAAGGAGUGUUUGGCGGUUGUGUGGAGGGGUGGUAAGAAAAACGAGCGAGAAAUGAAAAGGAAGAAAAAUGGUUACGCAUUUCCCCGCGCGUUCCACAUUAAUUAAUCUGAGGCACGAAAGUUGAAAUACGAACAUUUAGAAAUAAGAUACUUUGUGGGCCAACGUUAAAUCCCAAGUAGACACUUAAGAAAAAUCUACAACACAGAAGAUCUGUUUUGUGAUUUGGGAUUAUUUUGUUAACAAAAAUUUCAUGGAAUCAAAUCUCAUAGUGCUGCCUCUUGAAUAUGGACAACUGUGCCAGUUAUUUUUAAAGGCAACUAAAUUCAACUGUAGAGGUCAGGCUUACCCAAUGUGUUUAAGUUUUUUUUUUUUGUCACCAGCUAUUCCAAAACGUCAUCACCCCCCUUGCCCUAAGCAGGGCUGAGACCAUGAUUUUAGGUUGCCCUAGCCCGCUGACUCUGAGACGUAUGGUAGCAAAAGCAAUCGUGUGCCGAUCUGGACGCCUCAUUAAGUCAACCAAAUACAGAUGUGCUGUUAUGUUGUUUUGUGUGUGUAGGCUCAGUUCAUCCAACAAUUUUGGCAAGGGAAAAGCCCAGCUUAUAUAUGAAGAAAUAAGGUGGGCUCUUGGAGGUUACCUGGCUUAUUUAAUACAGCCUAGUUGACUGUAUAUUUUAUAACCUCGUUAAAGGAAGGAAAGCAAAACCAAAAAUAAGCAAAAAUAACCACACUUGGAGACUACGAUAAUGAGGCUACUGGCUUAAUCAGAAAACCUUAUUUUAUUUCUCCCGGAGAAGGAAUCUAUUUGCUGGUCACUAUUGUAGUCAGAAUAUCUGCUCCAGGUUAUUGUAAUAAAGUAUAUUGUUUAUUAAAUGCUUCCUUUAUAUAUGAAGCUUUGACUUUGUAAGAAAAUUGCUUUUUCUCCAAACAGAAAGAUGUCUCAGGUUUGUCUUGUGGGUUAUCGGAAAGCUUUUUUUUUUUUUUUGCUUUUUUUUUUUCCUGAAAGCUCUCAUGUCUCAGAACUUAGCCUUCACCUGUGAAAUGUUAUUAUGGCCUUAACAUUUCCUUAUUAGAUCUAUAUUAGAUCAAAUAGUUGCAUAGCAUUUAUAUUAAUUUGUAUGUUCUUAGCUAUGAUACACAGUGUGAUACUUUAGUAGAUGUUUAUAACUCUAUGAUAGCUUUUUAUUUAAUCAUUUCUUAUUUUUCUACUUCAUCACUUAUGCUUUUAAUAUGUACAGAACAACUGUAACACAUAGUUGUAAGUGAAAUCCAUUUUGGGGACACAGCAUUCAUAUGUAUCUUUUGCUGUUUGAUAUGCCCAAUUAAAAGCAUUCUGUACCUGUAACUGUCUAUAACAGGACACCAUUGUCCAAUAAUAAAAAUCACUUUCAUAA